CGAAAAAAGAGGAAAAAAAAAAAAAAAAAAAAAAAGAAGUCCUGGUCCGACCGAACGACCCGCCGCAUCCCGUCCAUCCUCCCCGGCGCACACUCACUCCGCUUCGGCCUGGAUGCUGCUCGAAUCCCCUUCGUGUCUCCAGCACCUGGAUCUUUGUCUCCGCGGCGCGUUCCGCGGUUCUCCCCGCCGGGUUUGAGUGCAGCAGCAGCGGCAGCAGCAGCGGCAGCAGCAGCGGCAGCAGCAGGGCUGGUGGUGGUGGUGGUGGCGAGGCUGGGGGAUGGAGGCUCAGUCCGGGCUGUGAGCAGACUGGUUUGAGGGGGGUGGUGGUGGAGCCGGGCCCUGCUCGGCUUUGUUAUCCCGGGCUCUGUUGUGCAGCGUUUCUCUCCGCGUUCCUCGUGCUGAGAGAUCCGGAGCCGGACAACAUUUGGACCUGAAGCUGCUCCGUUCUUCUUCUUCGAAUCCACAGAGCUCCUCCACCUCUUUGUUUACCUCCACCUCUGGGUUUAUCUCCAUUUGUCUGCUCAGACCUCCUCCACCUCUCUGUCUGCCCCUCUUCACCUCCAUUUAUCUCCAUCUAUCCCUUUACCUCUGUCUCCCCUCCCUCCCCCAUCAUGGCCCCAGUGUGCCGGUUCUCUUGGUCCUGCUGCCUGCUGGUUCUGCUGGUUCUGAUGGUUCUCCCCGCCGUCCGGAGCUCGUUCCCCCGCAGCGGAGGCAGCAGCGGCGGCGGCAGCACAGACUGCGGCCCCGGGAAGGCCGCCGACUGCCCAGAUCUGUCAGAGAAGAAGAGCGACCUGCGUGUGUGUGACGCCGGGACGUGCCGCUUCGGAGGAACCUGCCGCGAGAACGGAGCCGACAUCAAGUGUGUGUGCCAGUUCCAUUGUCACAAGAAGUACGUCCCCGUGUGCGGCUCCAACGGCGACACGUACCAGAACGAGUGUUUCCUGAGGAGAGCCGCCUGCAAGAAGCAGAGAGCCAUCAGCAUCCUGUCAGAGGGGCCCUGUUACCACGACGGCGGUUCAGGAUCCGGUGAUGGAGACGACGAGGGCUCCGGGCGCGGGAAGAAAGCCUCGAAAUGUGGAAACUGCAAGUUUGGAGCCGAGUGUGACGAAGACUCUGAGGACAUGCUCUGCAUGUGUAACAUCGUGUGUAACGGCCACAACGACAACCCAGUGUGCGGCAACGACGGCGUCACCUACGACACGCCGUGUCACGUCCGAGAGGCGUCCUGCCUCAAACAGCUGAAGAUCGACAUCAGACACGUCGGGCGUUGCCAAGAUAAAAGCAGGAAGGACGACAGCAUCAAGUCCAAACCAGACGUCUACGCUGUGUCUAAGCCUGGUGAGGGGGACGGCUUUGUAGACAGCCCCGCCCCCUGUCCUGAUGACUACGCCCAGUUCUGUGAAAACGGCCAAUGUGAGAUGAGACACAACCUGCCCACCUGCAGGUGCGAGGCGGCGUACGGUGGUCCUCAGUGUGAUCAGCUUCUGGACUUUAACAUCCUGUACGUGGUGCCCAGCGGUCAGAAGCUGCACUACGUCCUCAUCGCCGCCAUCAUCGGAGCUGUUCAGAUCGCCGUCAUCGUGGCCGUGGUCAUGUGCUUCACCAGGAGAUGCAACAAGACGAAGCGUGGGCGGAGGCAGAAGCAGCAUCUCGGCCACUUCCCGUCAGGAACGUCCUCCAGGAUGAUGUAGCUGCUCCUCUUCUUUUCUCCUCUCUCUCUCUCUCUCUCUCUGUCUCUCUCUCUCUCUCUGUCUCUCUCUCUCUCUCUCUGUCUCUCUCUCUCUCUCUCUCUCUCUCCCUCUCUCAUGUUUUUAUGAAAUACAAGAAGUCUAAAUUUUUCGUACCACACAGACAGACUGCAUUUUUGAUAUCUCGACUUUUUGGUGCCUCUUUUUUCCCCCUUUUUAGAAUAAUUUUUGAAUUCCUUCAGGGGCCUUAUUUUUAAGAUUUUCCUCCAUGUUCUGUUUUUUUUUUCUGUCUGGACGCUGCAGAUGAUUUUGCGUUUUCCAUCAGGCAGAGCGGAGACGUACAGUUUGGUUUGAUCCUCUCAGACUCUGACACGCUGUGGAUCCUCCGGCAGGAAACUCAAAACAUUAUUUAUCUGAUUGUAUCAUCACUUUGGACCGUCCACAUGAAAACUGGAAAAACACAGAUUGUCUUUUUUUUUUUUACCCAGUGAGAUGCAGAUUGAUGCUGUUUGUUUUAAAUAUUAAGAAAAAAGUCAAAAGUUUACUUUCUCCUCCUUUGUGCUUCUUCUUGACCACGUUUACUUUGUGUUAUAAAAGCUGUAAUACUCCAGGGGGCGCUCUGUACCAGGACUACAGGAUUAUCUCUUGCGUGUUGUUGCUAAAAUAAGCUCACAUGUGAUGGUUUGUCUUCUGUUUGUCUGCGUCUCACUGGGUUAAAAAUAACCUUUCAUGUUAGUCAGAUAAAUUUUAUUUUACGUUUAUUUUUUGUAUUUGAGACGCACCUAAAAAAACCAAAAUGCUGUUUUUUCUACUGCUUAAAAAAAGGUACAGGCUGACAUGUACAGGUUGUUAGAAUUAUUUUAUUGCUUCAUUUCAGAUGACGCCAUUCCGGAAAUGGAUUCCAACUUUUGUUUUUUUGUGUGUGUGUUUUGACAAGCUGAUGAUAAUUUAAAUAACUCUGUUUUUUGGUCGAGUUUCUUCUUUAUAUAUAUAAAGUGUCCAUGUUGUUCGUUUAUUGUUGUAGAAGGAGUAGACUCAAUAAGCUGGGAGGUUCCCUAAAGUAUUGCUGCACUGAGAUCAGAUUUGUUUGACUCUAUGAAACAGUCGUGAAGCUGUGGUCUCGGUCACGCCAUGCCGUGGGAAUCCAGCCUGAUUUUACCGUAGAUGUUGCGUACUGCAUGAACCAGUGAAGUUGUUGUUUAGACUGUGUUGUAGUUGAACUAGAAUUAAAUUAUGAUGUUUGAAA